GGGUGCUGUCGCUGGUCGACUCGGAGGAAGUUUGUCUCCUGCAGUUUGACUUGAACAGCCACCAGGAAGCGAGAUGAAGGCCUGCUGUGUCCUGCUGUCCAUCGUCCUCAGCUGCUGCUCGGCUGAAGAUCCUCCUGCUCCUCCGUGGAUCCGCCUGAACUCUGACUUCCUGCCAAACCAAACCGAGGUGGUCCUCGCCGCUCACUCCGUCUUCACCCUCAGUUGUAAUGGUAGUGGUUCAGUUAGUUGGUCCAGUACUGCCUUCCGUUUUCUGUACCAGGACAGACUGUCGGAUCUAUUGGAGGUAAGCAGGUCGGACCCCAGACAUACUGGGACAUACCGCUGUGGAUACACCCACCAGAGCUUGGGACAUCUGGUCACUUGGAUCCACCUAUAUGUCAAAGAUGUGGCUGACUCCUCCAGUGUGUUCGUCACACCUCGCAGCACCCCUAAUGUCCAGGAAGGCCAGGACUUCUUAUUCAUGUGUCUGCUGACCGACCCAUCAGUCACUAACCUCACUUUCGAAUCACUGGGCGGCAUGGGAGGGAGCGGGCGGGGCCUGCCUCUGGGCAUGAACGUGACCUUGGACCCUAAGAAAGGGGCCCUGAUCCAAGACCUGCAGAUGUCAUUCAACGGGCGCUAUGUUUGCUCAGGCUGGAAGGACGGAAAGCAGUUCAGAUCAAAACCUGUGGACCUCAUGGUAGUCCGCAAGUUGCGACAUCCUCCUUCCGUGUCUGUUAGUCAGGAUCAGUUGGUCCUUCUGGAAGGAGAGAAGUUUGAGGUCAGCUGUCUGAGCAGUAACCCCAACCAUUUCUUCAACCUCACCUGGACUCACCCAAACACAAAGACGCUGGACGUCACUGUCACCCGACACAUUGUCAACCACCGCCUGUAUAUCAACAGCACUCUGAGGUUCUCUGCUGUCAGCAGGGCAGACAGUGGAACAUACACCUGUACAGGUUUCAAUGAAGCUGGAGUUGCCAGGGCAACCACACAGCUCAGAGUUCUGGGUGGUCCCUACCUGAAGAUCUACCUGCUGCCAACGCAGGAUGUUAAUGCUAUAACCAAGACCACAAUCGCCAGUGAGGGCCUGGUUGCUAACAUUAGUGGCAUGCCAAUGGACACAGAAGGAGAACCAGAAGAUAACAUUAGCAGUAGUUCCCUAGAAGAGAAGAGGGAACUAGUUGCUAACGUUAGCAUGAACAGAAUGGAUGGGAAUGAGGCUAGAGGUGCUAACAUUAGUGGCAGAAGCACAGUGGAGGUGUAUGAAGGUCGAGAUGUGAUGCUGACCUUAGUGACAGAGGCAUAUCCUCCAGUCAGGGACCAGCGCUGGACAACACCAGCAAUAAUCAACAACAACAACAUGGUGUACCAGGAGAGCUACACUGCAAACGGCUACAGGUCGGAGGCGAGCUUACUACUGCGGCGGGUUCGUCAGGAGGAUCGAGGUCGAUACACGUUCCACUUUUCUAACUCAUUCUUCAGCGGCUCACAGGACAUUGACCUUCGAAUUUAUCGUUCUCCGACUGCCAUCAUCAGUGAGGAGAACGACACUCUGUCCUGCAGCAGCUCUGGAUAUCCACUUCCCACAAUCCUCUGGUACACGUGCCCUGGGCUCCAUGACACGUGUGGGAAUGCUUCCACCUAUCAGCUUUCCCCAGGUGAUGUGACCUCAAAGGAGGAUGAGGAGAUCAGGAAACACCUGAACCUCCCUCUGUCAUCUGGUGAUGAUGUCACGGUGGAGUGUGUUGCUUACAACAAUGUGGGCGAAUCUCGCAAAGUCAUCAAUCCUCGAACAUCUCAAACGGUCUUCACGCCUGCUCUGAUUGGAGCUUUAAGUGCAGCUGCCGUCCUCCUCCUGCUCUUAUUGGUCGUCUUUUACAAGUGGAGACAGAAACCCAAAUAUGAGAUUCGUUGGAAGAUCAUCGAAAGCACCAACGGGAACAACUACACCUUUGUUGACCCCACCCAGCUGCCGUACAACUACAAAUGGGAGUUUCCCAGAGACAAACUUCGCCUCGGUGCUGUUUUGGGUUCGGGGGCAUUCGGGAAGGUCGUCGAGGCAACAGCGUACGGUCUGGGAACAGAUGACGUCACACGAGUCGCUGUCAAGAUGCUCAAACCGAGCGCUCACUCUGAGGAACGUGAAGCUCUGAUGUCGGAGCUGAAGAUCCUCAGCUAUCUUGGCUACCAUGACAACAUCGUAAACCUGCUGGGCGCCUGCACUCAAGGAGGCCCCAUGUUGAUGAUCACCGAGUACUGUAGCCAUGGUGACCUUCUCAACUUCCUGCGGGCUCAUGCUCAGGAUUUCGUGGCAUCCAUUCUGAGUGUGAACGACGUGGAGGGGGAGGCCUUUUAUAAGAACAUGGCCGCCCAGCACGCCAGGCUCAGGAGUGACAGCGGGAUCUCCUGCGGUUCAGACUAUCAAGAGAUGCAACCGGUUCUGCAUCCAGGACAAACAGACCUGGGCGUGCAAACAUGUGGUCUGUCUGUUAGUGACCUCAUGAGGUUUUCCUGCCAGGUGGCUCAGGGUCUGGACUUCCUUUCCAGCAGGAAUUGUAUCCACAGAGACGUAGCAGCAAGGAACGUCCUGCUCACUGAUCACCGCGUGGCAAAGAUCUGUGACUUCGGUUUGGCCCGAGACAUCCGCGAUGACGACAGCUACAUCGUCCAGGGAAAUGCUCGUCUGCCUGUGAAGUGGAUGGCUCCAGAGAGUAUCUUUCAGUGUGUUUACACAGUCCAGAGUGACGUCUGGUCCUACGGAGUCUUACUGUGGGAGAUCUUCUCGCUGGGUAAAAGUCCCUACCCAAACAUCGCUGUGGAUACCAACUUCUAUAAGAUGAUCAAAGAUGGCCGCCACAUGAAUCAGCCAGACUUCGCUCCAGCAGAAAUGUAUCAGCUGAUGACACUCUGCUGGAGUUUGGAGCCCACAGACAGACCAACCUUUAAAAUAAUUGGUCAGCUCAUUAACAGGCUCCUCCCCUCCACCAAUGACAUGUCACCGCACCAGAGUGACCAGCCGUACAGGAACAUUGAUGAGUGCAGAGAAGAAGAGGAGAAAGAGGAGGUCAGAGGAGGAGACGCACUGAAGAGAGGAGGAGAAGAAGAGCAUGGAGAGCGCCGUGACGACAAGGAUGACGAGAGGGAGCCGAUGAUGAAGAACAUCUACCACAUGUCCUGAACGCCUCAUCCAAUCAAAAUGUGUUUCAAGACAUCCCAAAUGAAACCUUUAUCGAACAAUCAGUUAAGGUGCUAUUCAAAACUCUAUAUUGUAUUUUUUUUUAACGUGCAAAACUUUAUUUACUCGUACAAAACAGGUUUUCUGGCACUCAGUAUUUCCUUCUCUUCACUGUGUGUGCAGGAUUCUGAUUCUCAGUCUCACUUUUUUGUUUUGAUUUAUUUUACUUUUUACAGUCAUAUUUUUGAGAGACUCAGCAUGAAAGAUCUGAAUCUUCAUGAAAACCAACAUGUUUCAAUUGUGUGUAAUUUUAAGACAUAACUGACUAACCUGAGAGUCAAACUUCAGCGUCCGAAGCGACGCAGCAGAGACGACCGCUGACUUAACUAAUGUUUUUAUGACAUUACAACAUUAUUAGCAGAAUCUGAGCUACGGAAAGUGAGAAGCCGCCUGUCAGAUUAUUGUUCAACGACGUUAUCUCGAGAUCAGUUAAUUACUGUGUUAUUUUUGAAAUAACAAAGCUCAUUUUCAUCUUCUUUUUGCUUGCAACAUCCGUCAGAGAUCAGCAUCACGUAGCAUCUUGACAGCAAAAUGUCAGAUCAAGGAAGACUCAGUAUUGAUCAACGCGUGAAGCGUGACACUGUGUUGUUAUGAAGUUUCAUCAUAAAUUGUUUCAUCAUCUUGAGAAACUGGCCUUUGGUUUUCUCAAGAUAAAGAGAUAAAUUACCUCAUUAGUGUGAGAAAACAAGCUUUGUUAUCUUGAGAUAACAGCGUUAAAAACAAUAACUGGACCUUCGGUCUUUCUCAACUUCCGUAUUGAAGUCAUUUUGAUUUUGAAUUUAAUUUUGAAGUUUAUUUGUGUAUUUUAAACGACGUGUAACCUAAAAUGUGUCCUCUGUGCCUGAUCAGAAGUGUGAUUUUUAUUCUUUUACAUUUUUAUCAUCACUUUCUCUUUAUUAUCAAAAUGUAAAAAUAAAUUGCAGCUCAUGUCAGACUGAGA